AUGACAAGUAAUUUUGAUUCUCGAGGUCUUUAUUUUCCAAAUUCUAAGAAUGCUGGAAGACCUCCUAAUAUUGUUUGGACACAUUUUAAUAAAGGUACAGAAAGGUAUCCUGGCAAGUACGAUUCCACAUGUAUAUAUUGUAAUGACAAUGGAACAAAAGGAAGUCCACAGCUAAUGCAAGAACAUUUAGCAAAUAGAUGUCCAAAUGUACCUGUUGAUGUAAAACAAGUUUUUCUUGAAAUUAUUUUACGCAAACACCAAGAUGAUAAUUUUUUUGAUGCAACAGAUUCAUUAACAACUUCAAAUUCUUCAAAUUCUUCGAACAUUCUUGGAACAAGAAAUUUUAUUAAUGAAGAAGUAGCAAAUGUGAAUGUAAAAGUUGAAUUGGAAUUAAAACGGCAAAAUAACAUUACUUUAGCAAUGGAUGGAUGGACAGAUCCAGCUGGAAGAUCUAUAUAUAACUAUGUAGCAUUGACUUCAAAUGGCAAAGAUCAUUCUCACCAAGGAAAUCAUUAUUUGAAAGAAGCCAUUCAAAGGUUUGAAAUUUCAGGUGGUGGUUUAAAGACAUAUAUUAAAACAAGAUGGUCUUCUGCAUGGGAUUGUUUAAAUUCUGUGAAGAGACUAGAAAAUGGUCUGAAAUGGAUUGUUUCAGAAAAUCCUACAGUUAUAACAAAUGGAGAUGUUUUAAGUUUAUUACAACAACGCAAUUUUUUUUCAGAUGUAGAAAUUUUAUGUGAAGUUCUGAAGCCUAUAAAAGAAGCUGUUGUUUCAAUGCAAACUAAUCAUGCUAAUUUGGCUGAUUGCUUCAUUCAUAUGUGUCAUAUUGCUAAAAUCCAUUCUUAUUAUGUUAGUAAUGCAAAAAAAGAGUUUAAUUAUUAUGGAAAAGAUAUCACAGAAAGAGAAACAACUUUGAAUUGCAUUUUGUCCACAAUGAAUUUAGAUGAAAUAGGAACUGAAGAAGAAAAUCACUUUUUAAAUUCACAUUAUGAACAAGAUGAAUCAGAUGAUAUUACUUAUUUAGAUAAUAAUGAUGAAAAUGAAGAGAGUGAUAUAGAUAUAUUAAAAAUUGAAGAUAUUGUAAAUUUAAAUGAUCCAAUUUUUGAUACGAGUGAGAAUGCUAUCAUUAAUGAAGGAACUCAAGAAAGAAGAGUUGAAACAAUGAAUUAUCUGGCUGAAGAUAUUGUCCAAGAAUUUUUAGCUGAAUUUGAAGACACAUAA